UUUCGAAGGCGAUUGUUUUCAAGUUUUGAAUGAUUGAUCCCGACGGGUUUGGGGGGCGAGGAGAGGAUCUCCUUCGAUCUCUGCUGGUUAAUGAUGAUUGGAUUCAGAUCGGAAGUCUGAUUCUUUUUGGGCAAAGUUUGAUUCUGCUGGUUGCAGAUCUUGGGAUUGUGGGGGACUUUAAUGGGUUCUCUGAUCUUUAUGAUUCGGCCGGGUGGAGUUUGUAUAUUCUUAUAAGGGGGAUUGGAAAUGUCGAGAUGGUGGUCUUGAUGAUGGUAUCUGAUGGAGAUUCGUGGAUGGUUCCAACGCUUACAAUCAGGGGUUUGGAUGUUCUGCUUUCAAGUCUCAAUAUCUGUAUUUGGAGGGGAUUCAUUUCUCUGGAUUUGGGCAGGUUUUGUUAUUCUUUGCUAGUAUCGGAUUUCAAUAAGGGAAAUAUUGUCUUCUGUGGUGUUAAUCUCGGGAUUUCGACGGAUUUGGAGUGGGAGGGAAUCCGGAUUGUCGACUCCUAUGGGUUUGUGUAUUGGUCUCUGUGGUUUACUUUAUGGGAUUCAUAUCUGAUUUGGUUGGGGAUUCUGUUUGAGAUCUCUUUAUCCUGGUUUGGAAGGUGGAUAUCUUUGAUUUUUCCUUAUGAUAAUUUCCAGGCUUUUUCGAUGGUUUUGAUGGUACGAUUGGGGAUAAUCUGGAUAGUAAUGGGAGAAUAUAUGAUUCGAUACGGUCUGCUCUUGGGAGAAGGGGUUAGUGUUGAGGUAUAUAAACGAAGGCUUGCGGUUUGUUUAUGCAUCAUCUCUCUCUGGUUUUGUUAUUCGCUCCUUCUUGCUUUUCUUUUCAUCUUCAGUUUUUUCUGGGUUUUUCUUGCGGGUGGCUAUAUUUCUUUUCUGCGAAUCAUGGCUCAAUUGGUUUUCAGCAAGAAGAAUGCAACACUGGUUCGUACUGAAACUGUGUCCAUCUCCAGUUUGGUUUUGGCUCAGAGAAUUCAGCAGUUCUCGAUGACCCUUAUUGGUAGGCUCAUGAAUCCGGUGUGUCAGAAUAUGGAGUCCUUGAUAGCUAAUUUUCCAAAAAUUUGGAAGUUAGAAGAGAGGGUGGUUGGUGCCGAUUUAGGUCAGGGGGUUUUUCAGUUUAAUUUUGAGGAUGAGGAAGAUAUUUUGUCAGUUUUGCAAAAUGGUCCAUACCAUUUUGAUGGUUGGAUGGUCUCACUGGUUCGAUGGGAGCCAGUCAUCUCUUCCUCCUACCCUUCAGCUAUCAACUUCUGGGUUAAAGUGUUAGGGAUUCCAAUGCAUUUGUGGGAGGUGGCUACUUUUGAGGCUGUUGGUAAGAAGCUUGGGAGGAUUCAAGAGGUUGAUGAGGAAACGGGUAGUCUAUGUGUGUCAGUUAAUGGGUUCAAUCCGCUGAUCUUCAAGAUGGUGGUGCCUUUUGCAACUGGGGACGAGAUUGUGGUCUCACUAGAGUAUGAGAAAUUAAAUGGGGUUUGUGAGCAUUGUUCCCGGAUCACCCAUGAUUCCAAGGUCUGUCCAGAGGUUCUUAAGGGGGCUACUGUCCAAGGUGCGGAUUUGCAGAGGGAUAGUCGAGGUAGUCAAAGGCAAUUUCCAGCUGUGAAGCAAGAACAGCAUCUUAAUGCUGGGGGUUGGGAAAAGCCUAGAAAGCAUGCUAAGAGGGCCCUGGAUUUUCAGUCUGCGGAUUCUAGCGAAUUUGGAUAUUUUCCCCAGCAACGUUUUGGAGGUCAGAGUUCUAACGGUAAUGGUUCUCACCGUCCUCGUCAACAAGAGCAUCUACAGGGUCACGCUUGGGGUCAGAAGAGGAGUUUCGGUGAGGUCACUGGUCGAGAGGAAGGUUCUCAUCGCGGUACACAUUCAGGGAAUGGAGAGGGUUCGGGUAAGGUCCCCGGUUAUGUUCUUAACCGAAAGAGUGCUGGUACGGCUUGGCCUAAACCUCUUUUUAAGGUCAAACAGGCGGCUGUUGUGGAGCAUAGUUCGAUGCGAAUUGAUAAUAUUGUGGGAGACCCCAGCUCUAGUGAUCCACCAGCGGACAAGGAGGCUGAGGGGAGUGUUGUUAAGGGAGAUGCCGGGGCUGAUCUGGCUAUGGAUUUUGAGGUUGACAAUGAUGACUUGCUUGAGGAUGGUGAAUUUGAUGAUAUGGGUAAGUCUGAUCUUAACGGUGUCCAGGAGGGGGCUGUUUCUCCAACUCAGGGUGUGGGGGGUCAUACGGAUCAAGGGUCUGAGGUUCAAGUGGAUCAGGUUACUGAUUCCCAGGGUGAUUAUGACUGUAUUCCGAAAGGUGAAGGGAAUAAACAGAAGCUGAUGGGGAAACUGGGUAAUAAUACAGUGGGCACUAAACCUUCGGAUGGGGGGCGUCAAGGAAAGAAAGGGAUGGGGGCUCUCCCGAAACCGCCGGCUAGAACGUGAAGAUUCUGAGUUGGAACUGUCAGGGCAUAGGGGUGGAUCUGACAGAAGGAUAUUUGGGAGAUUUGUGGAAGCAGCAUCGGCCAGACAUCUUAUUUUUAUCAGAAACUAAAAAGUGUUUUUCUUAUUUACAAAAAUUUCAAAAAAAGUUUGGUUAUAAUAAUUUGUACACUGUUGAUCCCCAUGGUUCUAGUGGAGGGUUAGCUUUAUUUUUCAUGGAUGAAAUAAAACUUUCUAUUUUAUAUGAUAGUAAUCGAAUUAUUGAUGUUAAAGCUUCAUUUGGUCAACAAUUGGUUUAUUUGUCUUUUGUUUAUGGGGAUCCAAUUCUGCAGAAUCGUGCAAAGGUAUGGGAGAAGUUAAUGGAUAUUGGUUCUUUCCGGAUAGAUCCUUGGUUUUUGAUUGGAGAUUUCAAUGAACUUGUUGGGAAUCAUGAGAAAAGGGGUGGGGCCUUACGGCCUGCUUCCUCUUUUGUGCCCUUUCAAACAAUGAUUCGGCACUGUGGUAUGCUUGAAUUCCCGUGUUAUGGAGAGCAAUUAUCCUGGCGAGGUAAUCGCUGUAAUAACCAGGUGGUUCGGUGUCGCUUAGAUCGUGCUCUAGGUAAUGAAGAUUGGCAUAGUUUUUUCCCAAAUUCGAGGGUGGAUUAUUUGGAGAUGGUCGGAUCUGAUCAUUGUCCCAUUCUGGCUACUUGUCUGAAAACAGCCUCUCGCCGGUAUAGGCAGUUUCGUUUUGAUAAACGUUGGUUGGGGAAGGACGGACUUUUAGGUGCGGUAGAGUCCGGAUGGGCGCGCACAAACAAUUUUCGGGUACCGGCUUUUGUGGAUAAAAUUAGGAACUGUCGAAAUUCGAUUUCGUGGUGGCGGAAAAAUAACGUGACUUCUGGCCCGUCCCUUAUCUCUUCACUGAAGGCUGCCUUACAGGAGGCCAAGAUGGAUGACUUGAUUUCUCAGG